AUGUUGAGACCGUCGGUUGAGAUGAUGAUCACGGCGGAAGGGGGACGAUUUUCUUCGGUUAUCUUCUCCAAUUUGAUGAUGUGGACGCCGCAUGAAGCUGAUCGAGAGAGAAUUCAUCCGGAGAAAACAAGAGAAGAGAGACAAUGA